CCUCGGCGACAGUUUCUAGUUCUGUCCGAGAUGAUCGGAGAACAAACUCCGUUACCUGCUUCCGAUGGUCACGGGGCACCGCUUCUCCCUGUUCAGGAGGCGACGGAAGGAACACAGAGCACUGUCUCUAUCACCAUGAAAUCAAUUCUAAAACUACAAAACUUCUAUGUCCUUUUGGGACCUUUCUUCACCCUUGUCAUAUGCCUCUUCGUGAAGCUCGAACCUCCCAAUAGCCAGAAAAUGCUUGGCGUGGCUGCUUGGGUGUUCACGUGGUGGAUAACGCAAGCCGUACCGCUUCCGGUGACCUCCUUGUGUCCUUUGUUUCUCUUCCCCAUCUUCGGAAUUGCUUCAGCUGAUAGCGUGGCGCACUCCUACAUGAACGAUCUCGUCACGCUCAUUUUGGGAAGCUUCAUUCUCGCUCUCGCCGUGGAACGAUACAACGUUCACCGGAGACUGGCCUUGAAUGUAACUUUGCUGUUUUGUACCGAUCCGCUGAAUCCGGCGCUGCUAUUGUUGGGGCUAUGUGCGACGAUAUUCUUGGUGAGCAUGUGGAUGCUGAACGUGCCCACGGCGGUGAUGAUGAUGUCGGUGGCGAUGGGGAUGUUGCAGCGGCUGCCGCCGAUGGAGGAGCAGUCAGAGGAGAUGAGAAAGUUCUGCAAAGCGGUGGUUUUGACGGUGGUGUACGCGACGCCGAUCGGAGGGAUGAGCACUUUGACGGGUACGGGUGUGAACUUGAUAAUAUCUGGGAUGUGGAAUCUUUUUCCGGAGGGAAAGGCAAUAAGCUUCAACACAUGGUUCUUCUUCGGUUUCCCGGCGGCUCUUCUCAUUCUCAUUUGUUUUUGGUGCAUCAUCUGCCUCCUCUAUCUGCCUAAAGGAACUUCUCGCGCUCUGUCUUCUUAUUUGGGUAAAGUUCAUCUGAGAAGAGACCUCCAAGAUCUUGGUCCCACAACUUUUGCUGAGAAAAUGGUGAUGUCUAUAUCUGGGUUGCUUAUAAUACUAUGGAUGACAAGAAGAAUCACCGACGACAUUCCUGGGUGGGGAGUUUUAUUCCAUGGACUUGUUGGAGAUGGAUGUGUCAGUGUUAUGGUGGCUGUCUUAUUGUUCAUAAUCCCAAACAUGAAGCGAGAGGGGGAGAAGCUAAUGACCUGGAAUGACUGCAAAAAGCUACCUUGGAACCUCGUUUUGCUUUUAGGAGCUGGUUUUGCCAUAGCUGAUGGCGUACAAUCUAGUGGCUUAGCAGACGUUUUGUCAGGGAUCUUGAAUUGCUUGCAAGACAUUCCACACAUGGUCAUUGUUCCUGCUGUUUGUGUAAUAUGUAGUAUUAUUACUGAGUUCAUCACCUCGAAUGCUGCUACUGUCACUCUUCUUGUCCCACUUCUUUAUCAAAUAGCCAUAACCAUGCAUGUGCAUCCGCUUAUGCUCAUCAUCCCUGGAGGAAUAGCAACAGAGUUUGCUUUCUGGCUUCCAACUUCAACGCCCUCAAAUGCACUUGGAAUCGCUAGUGGACACAUAGAAAUUAAAGACAUGCUCAAAGUAGGUGUGCCGCUCAAAGUGGCUGGGAUUGUUGUGUUGUCUCUUCUCAUGCCGUCACUAGGAACUAUUGUUUUUGGAAUAAAUAACGAUACUCAACAACUGAUAUUCUUCUGAAAAUUUAUCCACUGUUGUAAAAAAACCUCUAUUAUCAUUCCCAGAACAUUUUACACGUGCAUUGAUGCAUCGUGAUCUAUUUACUAAAUAAGCGGCAUGUAAUUAAGAAGAUAUCAACAACCAAAGUAGGCAUAGAAAUUCACAUCUUUAUUUUAUUUGGACAACUUUAUUCC